AUGGAAGACAUACCAGAACCAUCAAACAUAGGUCACGAACCACCACUAGGGAGGAGAAGUAGAGAAUUCUCCGCUUAUCAUCGUUUCCAUGGUCACACCACCAGCAACUGUAGGAAUGUGCAGAAAAUUAUACUAAGGAUGAUUUAUCAAGGGAAACUAAACCACUUUCUAGUACAACAACCACAAAAUUUACCAGCACCACCAGAAGGGCACGCACUGGGUAUGGAGGCAGGAAAAAAGACAUAUCUGAUUGAAGUAGGAGCAAAGGAAAAGAAUUUAUACUGUAACUCAAUAAUACACUUAUUCAGAAACAUAAAAGAUUCCCAUGACAAUGUCUUAAGCCGAGUUUAUGCAAGAGAUAAGGAUGGAAGAGAGAUACUCAACUUGGAAAAGAUAUCACCGUUGAAAGAUUGGCAAGAACAACCUAUCUCAUUUAAGGAUAAAGAAGUACCAGGAGGAGGAGAAUUGCAUGAGAGUCCAUUGGUGGUAAAGAUGGAAAUUAAUCCAAAAGCAAAGUCUGAAGAAGAGGAAGACGAUGACGCAGACGGAUGGGAAAUUAACAGGAUACUGAUAGAUCCGGGUAGCUCAGUUGAUAUACUGUUUUACCACAUUUACAAAACAAUGGGUGGAAGAGAUGAAGAGUUAAUUCCAUCGACUUACAAGAUUUAUGGUUUCAACGGAUCGAACAAUAAGACAAAAGGAGAGGUAACCAUGAGAAUCCCACUCAAGACCAUAACCACAGAAGUGGUAUUCUACGUGGUCGAUGUAGAAUAUCCAUACAAUGCCUUAAUAGGCAGGCCAUGGCACUAG